GACUCAAGUCGGCCCCCUCGCUGCAAGCUGCUAGGCUAGUUAUUCGGUGAUCGCUUGUGGGGGCUAGCGGUUCUUACGUAGGCCUAGUCUGUGCGUGCGCUACCUCUGUACUGUGCUUAUGAAUAGCAGGAAGAAUCUCAUAGCAGCUCAACAAGUCUUUCAAGGUUCGAAGGAGUGCGCUGUUCGGAACAGAAAGGUUUUUAUUAUGUGCCUCUGCUUGAUUGGGUGUGACUUGGUGCUUUUGUUCGGUGCCGAGUCGGCGUAGGAAAUGUUCCUAAUUCAGAAGUCGUAAAGAAAUCUGUAUGGACAAUAUUGGCAGUUCUUGGGGAUCGGUUCAUUUGACUGCCGCCUACCACCACCACCUCUCACACCCCACCGCGUGCGUCAAUUAGAAGUUGAACUGGUAAGCACCUUUCGCGACAGACAGACAGCCCGUGUUUUUGCCUCUGAUCUCUCUACGACGUCAAUUAGUUCAACUGGUAAGCACAUUUUGCGACAGACAGCCUGUGUUUUUAUUCCUUUGGUUUUUUCUACGUCAAUUAAUUGAAUUUGUAAACACCAUUUGCGACAGACAGUCCGUGUUUUUAUUCCUCUGGUUUUUCUACGUCAAUAAAUUGAAGUUGGUAACACAAUUUACGACAGCAGCACGAGUGUUUUUCCCCCUGAUCUCUCUCGACUGAUUUUCUUCACACAAUAUGGAGAACGGGGGAGAGGGGAGCGGUUAUGUAUCUUCUAGACCCACUCCACCCACAACAACGGCUGAACAGAACAACGGUGAGUCUUUGUUUUCCUUCUCGGGUUUCCCAACCUCUAUUUCGUCAUUGACGGCUUCUUUGCACACACCACCAUCAUCAUCAUCGUCGUCGUCGUCGUCGUUAUUAUCAUCUACAACGCCCUCCACGCAGCACGCACGAAGUUUGCUCACGGGUUUGUCGUCCAGCGCUCACCACAAAGGGCAGAGACACCCGCCAACCGCCGCUCACCACCACCACCACCGACCUCACCGGUUACGAAAAGUGCCGGCGCCGACUCAGAGUGUCAAGAGUAUGGCACACACAUUGAGGAGGCUGGCGUCCUCCCGGUCCUUCCCCUCCUCUUACCCGCGGACGAAACUUAGCGUAACUCAGGAAGAGGACGAGGAAGACGAGAGCAGGGAAAGAGAGGAGAACGAAGAAGAGGAGAAAAUGGAGGAGGAGGAGGAAGAGGAAGUAGAUGAAGGGAAAGAGGAGAAUGGAAACGAGAGCUGUAGAAACGAAAACGAGACGGGGGGGUUACGUGACGAGAAGAUGAGCACACUACAAAACUGUGACGUCACGUCACACAAGUGGACACAGGGAAGUGAUGGGGAGGGGGAGGGGUCUCGGAAUCAACGUACGGACUCUGACCCCAACGACCCCUACUGCGCAAACAUUCCCAUUCCCACCACCACCACCACCACCACCACCACCACUUGUGGUAGUACUGCUGUUGACAACCAGAUCGCCUGCAGGUCAAACCCAGUGUCCGCUCACAACACCCACGAGAUGUACACUAACCCCAUCCCUGAACUGUCUGACCCUGUAUCGAACUUUCUACAACGUUCUACGAGUGACGUGAACGCUAACAUCAGAGAACCCAUCGCCUCUAACGUCCAAGAACCCAGAACGUCUCCUAACUUUAAUGAAUCAUCCACUUUCAAUUUCCAUGAUCAAGCACAGGCUUCAAAUUUUCAUGAACUGGGCACUUCUAAUUUUCGUGAACCAAUGACGUCCAAUUUUCAUGAACCAGAAACUUCUUAUGUCCAUGACGAACCAAUGACUUCCGAUUUUCACGAACAAGUAACAUCUAAUCUCCAUGACGAAGCAGCAACUUCUAAUUUUGGUGAACCUGCGGAGACCACAACUGUGACUGCCCCUAAGCCACCACCGCCCCACAACGUGCAACCUUUGCUAUCGACGGUGUUACGAAAACAACACCAGCAGGGCCGAAGAAGGUCAAGCGCUUUCGAUAAGACCGACAGUCUGGGUUUCCAGGUGGAUGGCCAGUCGAGUCCACCUGGACGCGGCUCACUGGAGAUAGGAGAGGGGGAGGAGAAAGAGGAGGGGAGAGAUAGCUGUGAUGGCGGUGGUGGUGAUGGCGAGAACAGGUUUUUUUGGGCCGAUGGUAGUGGAGAUGAUGACAAAGCAAAAUGUGACUCUGGGGUCAUCUCUUCUGUUCCGAGAAACGACGCUGGUGGGCAAGUUGAGAACACGAGAGAAGUCAAAAGUGUUGACAUGGUACCCGACACUGAAGUCCGUUUUGAUGGCAACUACUCCUUUCGUUUCCCCGAUACAAGUCGUGAUGUGCUUGACCUACAACGAGGCAGUGGGGAGAGGUCGUGGUCUCCUUCUCCACGAAUCGGAAAGAACUCCACAGCAAACAGCCAUGAAGACGAUGACGUAUUCGCCGCCGCUCCUCGACCGUCCACAUCAGACGACAUCACCACCUCAUUGGUCAACGCCAGGGGUAUCGACACAACAAUAGCAGACGAUGACAAAUCGAAAACGGCACGGAUUCAAUCGCCUGAUCACGACAGCAACAACAAGGGGCGCGACUCUUACGACAUAUCAACGACUCAUAAUAGUAAUAAUGAUAUGUCGACAUCAGGAAACGGGGAAAACCCAGGUGGUGGUGGUGGUGGUGGUCAGUUCGUGUUCCAGAAACCGUUCCCAGUUCCGGAGAGCGCCGCACCAAAAACAACAACAACGACUGCAACAACGACCCCUGGAUCAGGGAGAAGCGCCCCUCCCCCGCCGCUGUUCCGUCGUCAGUUGAGCAAGAGGAAAAGUGAGACGAACAUUCCGGAUUUGUUGGCGAACGUCAAGGACGCGGAUAGGAAAGCUCUAAGAUCUGACGAGCCGGGUGAUUAUGACCUUGACGACGACGAAGAAGACGACGAGGAAGAGUUUCAUUCUCUGGGCAGCGUGUGCCACACACCGACAUCCCCUAAAGCGCCCAGGAUGGAAACUUAUGAUCCGUACCAGUAUUUUGAGGUCCAGCACACCCCUUGUCUCAUCCUCACCGUGCGUGUGUUGCGUGCCAGAAACGUCACUCUUGGAUUCAGGGAUUAUUACGACACCCCGGACCCGUACAUCAACCUAGUGAUGAGAUCAUCCCCAGAGGGCCGGAAGUCGACCACGGUGAAGGAGGAUGAGCCAAACCCGGAGUGGGACGAGUCCUUCACCUUCUUCGUCAACUUCACGCAGGCCAACGUGCUCGAAAUCAGCUUGAUGGAAUACAACCUGCUGUGGUACCACCAGGUAGUGGGCACUGUGCACUUUGACCUCAUUCACAUCAACCAAAUGGACGUAUUUCAAUACGAGACUUUCGUCUUUAAUGAUGUAACGGAGGUUGACAUCGAGUUCAAACUGGAGUUCGAUCGAUACCCAACACUUCGCUACAGCUUGUGCUUGAGUGACGCUGAGAAACAGUUCAUUGAAAGACGGAAGGCGAAAGCGAUGGAGGGAGUCUGCAACUUGAUUGGGGAGGAAGAUGGACCGGUGAACAUUAAUGAGGUGCCGACCGUGGCAGUUCUGGGCUCGGGAGGAGGGUUCCGGGCCAUGACUGCCUACAGUGGAGUGGUGAAAGCUUUGAAGGAGUCGGGCGUGCUGGACUGUGUGACUUAUGCCUGUGGUCUCUCGGGGUCUUCAUGGCUGUUGUCCACCUUGUACUCACACCCAAAGUGGCCCAACGUGGACAUGGCCGAGUUCCAGGAAGAGAUGAAGCAGAACAUCGACAAGAGAUUGUUACGAUUCUUCACUCCGGCCACCAUGUACAAGUACACCUCCUACCUGGUGAAGAAGAGACGGGAGAAGCAGCCGGUCAGCUUUACCGAUAUCUUCGGCCGGAUGGUGGGAGAGACACUGCUCUCUGGAAGAAUGAAUGCCACCCUAACGGACCAGAGAGAGACGAUCAAAGACGGAGACAUCCCGAUGCCUCUGUACACGUGUGUCCACGUGAAGAAAGAUGUACCAGCCAGACAGUUCCAAGAAUGGGUCGAGUUCUCGCCGUACGAGAUCGGCAUGCCCAAAUAUGGCACCUUUAUGGACUCCGAGCUGUUUGGCAGCAAGUUCUUCAUGGGGAAGCUGGUGAAAAAGUUUGACGAACAACCGCUGCACUUCCUGCAAGGAAUCUGGGGCAGUGCCUUCUGUAUCUUGUUUAAGAGACUGUUGGAAGACAACCGGCGCUUGGAUCCCGCCGAGAUGAUGAGGCGUGAGAUGGGAGAACAAAUGCUUCGGGAGGAGAUCGGACAAGAGCUAGACGAAGCUCGGGGAGAGAGUUCUAGCGACUGCAGCGAUGACGAAAUUGAUUUUGACAGCCAGAGCAGCAUAGACAGCGACGCAGGGGCCACUACUGGUGAAGAGAAUUUCCGAAAAGAGAGUAGUGUUGAAUCAACUUCUAGCCUAGACUCUCAAAACUCCCAAGAUUUCAACAGAGUCAGCAAUGAACGCAGGUCCUCCUCUCAAUCACUCCCUACAGUAGAAGAAAGCAACCCAAAUGCCCAGGACAAGAACGGACUAGUUUUCAACAACCCUGCUAACGAUGACGAGGAAGAGGGAAAAUCGGGGAAUGAAAGCGACAUGGAAGAUGAUGAAGAUGAAGAAGACGACGAACUCUUCAAGUCUUGCCGAUUUGAAAACAGGAAAGGUUCUGUUGAGAUGAGGAAAAUAGAGAAGAUGAAGCAGGGUUCGGAAGAGUUAGAAUCACAAGCGCCUGGCAACAAGUUGUUAGACGUUGUGGCGGAGAAUAACGACGAGAGUGAAGACGCCAAGAAAUCUGUCAGAUGGGGCGCCUGCCCCACACGAGGGAAUGUUUCGAAGGAAAAACGAGAAGCUUUCAGAAGGGCAAGUUCUUCAAUGAGAAAAUCAAGAAGUGGCUCCAAAAGCUACUGGCAGCAGUAUUUGAAAAGCAUGGUGGAAAGCAAAUGGGAGCUGUUCAGCACACGCCGCGGCCGGGCCGCUGUCAUCCACAACUUCAUGCGGGGCUUGUCCUUACAGCAGACAUAUCCUCUGUCUCCUUUUACGCCGGUUGAGAAGCGCGUAAAAGAAGGUGAUGAGUUUGAUGGUAUCUUCGAGAUGCACCCGACCAGCGUGAAACAUUUGUACAUGGUGGACGCCGGGCUGACGUUCAAUUCCCCGUACCCCCUGGUCCUGAGACCCCAGCGACAGGUGGACGUCAUCUUGUCCUUUGACUUCAGCGCCCGCCCGUCUGACCAGCACCAGCCCUUUAAGGAGCUCUUGCUGGCGGAGAAGUGGGCUCGGCUCAACCGUCUGCCGUUCCCCCCGAUCGACGCAUCCGUCUUUGACAGGGAGGGCAUGAAGGAGCUGUACAUCUUCCGCCACCCCACUGACCCACACUGCCCCGUGGUGCUUCAUUUUGUGCUCAUCAACAAGGAUUUCCGCCACUACAAGAAGCCAGGAGUUCCACGGGAAACAAAGGAGGAGUUUGAUUUUGCAGACUUUGACAUAUUUGACAACCCCAAAGCUCCGUAUUCAACGUUCAACUUCACAUACAGCCACGAGAACUUUGAGAGACUUAGCAAACUCACAGAGUUUAACACUCUGCUUCACAUUGAGGAGAUUAAACAAGUUAUACGAGAUGUUGUCAGACUGAAGCGAGAAGGCCCUCCCAGAAUUCCCAUCCAGUCAAAGGAUAUCAAACUCCUGCACAUGAAGAGUGUGCAAGAAUACCGCAAGCUGAAGAAGUUCAUUUCACGCAUGGAGAGCCGAAGCUCAAUAUCCACACCAUUUGGCACACCAGGGGUACAAGCUUCUCCAAGCACAAAUCCGUUUUUCUCCGAUCUCAAACAGGAUAAGCUUUCUCGCUCGUCGACUUGUUCGUCUGAGCAGAGACAUUGGCCGGAUCGACUGUCGGAGAGCCACAACUCUGGUCUCAACUCGCACCGUUCCUCCCGGAACAGAGGGAGAAGGUCGCCGUUGUCAUCGACUUCGUCCUGUGACAGUGUGUUCGGCACGCCACCUCAAGACCAGGUCCCAACCUUCGGGGCCCCGGGUCAGCCACACAACUUACAGCGCCAAUCUAGCAGAGGUGUUCCUUCCAACGUGGAUAGUUCCCAUGUGACUGGUCAGAAAAACAGCAACAGCAGACAGAUGCCUUUGUUUGGGUCUUCUGCCGCGGAGACUGGGAUAUUGUCGAACAGUUGUCCUCAGUCGUCAGUUAUGCGUGACGUCACUGACAGCAGAAGUCACCCCGAGAAUGGUCGCCAUGAGGCUGUGCCAGUGGUCACGGCUACAACCACGCCUGCUCAGAACUUUGACAUGUUGGACAGUGGAACUAGCCUUGUGUUGGAUGACCAGUCUCCCUUCAGCUGCCCAAGCUCUCUCUCACCAAGCACCCCUCAUGCCAUUCCAAGCCCGAAUGAAGCCCCAAAAAGCCCGGCUGGAUCUUCUCCCAAACUGAAAAUGCCUCCUCUGUUACCCCCACCAAACGUUGCCCAAACUCUUUCCUCCUCAUCAGGCUCAAGCAAGUCCUUCACACCAACCUCCACACCAUCCACCGCCCAGAACACGCCAAAACCAAAGUCAAAGAAAGAGUUGCCCCCUAAUCCUUUCUUCGUCAACGCCCAUUUCAUGAGGUCGGCGUACAACUCUUCAUCAUCUUCAGAAGGUGGGGACUCUGAGGACAAGGGAAAGAACUAUCGGUUGACCACAGGCUCCUCCUACAGGCGGUCCAAGCCAUCUCCCUUGGCAAAUGGUCUUCCAAGUCAUUCAAGCGCCAACACCGAAAGAAGUGAAUCAAACACAUCAGCUUCCUCCAGUGAAAACAAUCACAUCACAAGAGGAUCGCCUGCGGGACUAUCAACGUUUCAUUCCCGUAAUCUAGAAUCACAUCCUGAACUUGUCUACGAAUCAUCACCGAGUCAGACAGAAUCUGUCGAGGGAACAAACACGCAGACCUCGGUCACAAGCCAGGAACCAUCGACAGCAAGCCCUACAUCAGAUGAUUUCUCACUCGCUCCAGAAGCUUUCAAAUUAGACGGUACACCUGUGACAGACAGGGCACAAGCGAAAAUGUUCUACGAGGAAGCAAAGAAGAAACGCGCGCUGUUCCGCAGACAAAGUACCGUCAGUUCUCUGAAUAGUAUUUCUUUAGAAGACCGAUGCCAGUCCCAGGAGGUGGGAGAGCAGGACAUACAGAGAGCCAGUAGCGGUGAUUCUGUGACAGAGAUCCGACCGGUCGCCUCAGACGGUCACCACCUUUUCCAAGACGCUUUCCACAGUUGUGAUGAAGGGGCUCCAACUUCGGUGACAAAAGAGGAUGUGAUAUCCAUGGAGAUUUCCAAUUUAUCCCAGUUCCAAGCCGUAGGCAGCCCGUAGUCAUAAAGUGCAGGAUUAACUAUCCAAUUCAUUACUUUGAACAUAAGAGAAAUCAAUUUAUUUGUGCUCAUGUUCUUAAGCCAUUAUUUCGAGUAAAUUUUAACUACUUGUGACAGCAUGAUUCCUCAAGUACUGGGAGGUUCCUGAACCAAGUUGUCAAACAUUGAUGUUUGGAAUUGAAAGAACAUAUUUCCUUUUUACAUGAAAGUUUUGGCACCAUGAUGUUAAAAAAAUAUGUUUUUGACAGAACAUUAUUUUGUUAGUACUUGAAAGGUCCAGAAUCCCGAUAUACUCUGUUCAUUUCUUUUGACCUGAAAGGCUGUGAUUUUAAAUUAAGUAUGCUAAAAGUCAUAUAACUGUGGGCAACGUUACAAAGUUUAAUUGUGCUGCGAAAGCUGUUGCAUUAUCCAGGUGGAGCUUCUGCUCUUAAAGCUAUUGAUAAAUGACGUAAUCUUUCAAUUCUCUGACUCUCCGACUCUUUACUGGGCAUUUUGAGUGAACAAAAAGUGUUAGAUGAAGUUUUAAAUUAAGCAUAUGAUAGUCUCAUUUCUUGGACUGCUCCUUUUUUCAACUUGUCUGUUCUAGGUGCAGCACUUCAUGUUUUUGUCUCUGGGUGAGGUUUUUUUAAGGCUCUUAUAACAAUGAUUUUUGAUUAUACAUGAGAUUUUAAAAAGCAACAUUUUUACAUGCAGCAGCUUUUGUUAUUUUACCAUGCUGCUGUUAUAUAUUUGUAUUUGGGGCAGAGGUGUAUAUUAUAUGGUCGCUUUUAUGCACGAGGGGGCUUUCCCAAA